CAUGCCAAAGCGAAAUGCCAGGAGGAGGACAGACAGAUGCAGGGGUGCUUCGUCUCCUCCACAAAGAGUUUAGGCAGUGAUGUCCUGAGGUUUCAGGUCGUUUUUGAGUGUUUUAUCCGCUCAAACUCAGUGUGGUCAGUAUGAGCUCGUUUGCUGGCCGUAUGAAGGAGUAUCCCAACAUCUCCCUGGACCGAUUUGACAGGGAGAAUUUGCACGCCAGAGCUUAUUUCCUCUCUCACUGCCAUAAAGAUCAUAUGAAAGGAUUGAAAGGACCUUUACUGAAGAGAAAACUGAAGUUCAGUUUAACAGUCAAGCUGUACUGCUCAUUUGUCACAAAGGAGCUUCUUCUUAGUAACCCAAAAUAUGCAUUCUGGGAAGAUCAUAUUGUCCCACUGGAACUGGAUAGUCCAACUCACAUAUCUCUGAUAGAUGAAAUCACCGGAGAGUCAGAGGAUGUUGUUGUUACUCUGCUCCCAGCGGGACAUUGUCCGGGAUCAGUCAUGUUUCUGUUUGAGGGUGCUCGGGGCACAGUGCUUUACACAGGGGACUUCAGACUGGCUGUUGGAGACGCAGCUAGAAUGGAGUACUUGCACUCUGGAGACAGGGUGAAAGACAUUCAGAGUGUGUAUAUCGACAGCACAUUCUUUGAUCCUAAGUAUCAUCAGAUUCCCAGCAGGGAGGCUUGUUUGGCAGGGAUAAGGAAGCUGGUCCAGGACUGGAUCUGUCAGAGUCCAUACCAUGUUGUUUGGUUAAACUGUAAAGCAGCGUAUGGUUACGAGUACCUUUUCACCAAUCUGGGACAAGAGUUCAGCUCACAGAUACACGUAAACAGCUUGGGUAUGUUCAAAAAAAUGCCUGAAAUUCUGUGUCACAUGACCACCGACCGUGCAACGCAGAUCCACGCUUGUAGGCACCCCAAGGACGAGGAGUUCUUCAGGGCAAACAGGUUACCCUGCGGCUCCACGUCUCCGAAUGGCGUUCCUCUAAACAUCAUUAGCAUCAAACCAUCAACCAUAUGGUUUGGAGAAAGGACCAGAAAGACAUCUGUCGUUGUCAAGAUGGGAAGUAGUUCCUACAGAGCAUGCUUUUCUUUUCAUUCCUCUUAUUUGGAGGUUAAGGACUUCCUCUCCUACAUCUCUCCUGUUAACAUCUAUCCUAAUGUAAUUCCGCUGGGAAAGACACUGGAGGACGUCACAGAGCUCUUGAAGCCGUUUUGUAGAAAACACUCUGGAAGGGAGGAGAUUGUCUACAAACCGCUAGGAGCCCUUAAAAGAACCAGAAAGAGGUGCACGUCAGAAGGCUCAGACGGUGAUGACGACCUGUUUGACGAGGUUUCCACAGCUCCAAGGCGGCGUAAAAUGACGGUGACUGAGCUGACCAAGAUUGCCGUUAGUGAACAGGAUGAUAGUCCCAAAAAAGAUUUGCAUGGGACGGACCAAACGUUUUCCCUCAUAGAGCCCUGUUCUGUGACACACUCGUCCAAUUACAUGGACUGCACUGAAUCAAAUGAUGACGACGAUGAUGAUGAUGAUGAUGCUGAGCAACCUCCUAUACCUCAUCCAUCUGGUGUCGCUCCGCCUAGCACGGAAAUCUGUGCAAAACUGCCUCAGUCGGACUCGUCCCAAUCCAAAGCUGCUCCGCCUUGUUGGCAAAAGUUCUUUAAGGUGGAACCAGUGUUGACGGAUGAGAGCGAGUUGGAUAACAGCCAAAACAGCCACAAUACUCAAACGCUCUCCACCGAAAACACAACACCUGAGCUGUUUCAGAAUGAAGAUGAGGACGACAGCAGCUCCGUUCAUUUCACUUCCUCUCAGUCCACUCAUAUAUCGGACGAAGGGACAGAGAGCCUCAGUCAGGUGGACACUGUUCUUGUCCAAGUGGAUGAAAGUAAGGCUGUUACUAGUGAGCAGAGUAACAGAGGGACCAAUGGCGAUGUCGUAUCAGAUGUGAUUGACAGCCGUAACGUUGAACCCAAGAAGGAAGAAGCCGCAGAGCCCAAAUCAGAUUCGCAGGUAUCGUCGGAUUUUGAGCUUCCACCAACACCAGGGUCCAAAGUCCCACAGCCAGAAGACCUGAAGGAGCUGUACAGGAAGUUGGCAGCGGGGGAGGAAGUGGUGAUAAGACAGAUUUUUUGAUUUCAUGUUUGUUCACUUGAGUAUUAAUUUUUGGUUUGUUGUGCAACAGCCUUACCUCAUGAAGUUUGUAUUUUUAAUCUUUAUAAAUGCUGAAUAUUUUGAAUAAAUUAAAAGUUCUCAAGCAAAUACAUAAUGUUUUUGAU